AUGGAAGGAUUGCAACAAAAAUCUAAUGAGCUAUUGCAAGAAGAAAUUAGGAGAGCAAUAAGGGAAAAAUUAAACAGAUUUACUUUUCCUUGCCCUCACUGUCGAGAACAUAUCAAAGACGAAGACUUUGGCAAAGAACAACAGGCUUUUCACUAUAUUAGUGAAAUAGAAUUUCCUGAGGUCAUAGAAUUAAAAGAAAGUAUUAAAAAAAAAGAAGAAGAAAUACGCCAUCUUCAAUCUCCCGACUAUAUAGAAAACUCAAUACGAGAAUUACAAAAAGAACUGACCGAAAAAAAAGAGCAAAUUCAAAAUCUAGUAUUAAGGCAAAAAGGACAAGUUUUUGACGGUCAAGAUAGAAUUACAGACGUAAGCAAAGGUCAAACAGGAAUGGGGAAAAGAGCAGAUUUUCUUCAAGAAGUUUUAACCGCAACUGAACCAAAAAAAGUUGUCGGUCGGAUU